AUCGGCCUUCCUGGUGUGGCGCGGAUCAAAGUGUAGCUCUGUCACACCGGGGGAACGAAGAGGAGAGGAGCAGGGGAGAGAAAUCAUGGUGCGUCUAAACCUGAGACAGUCCACUCGCUCCAUCUACCUGGGCCUGGCUUGUGUGUCCUUAACUCUCCACCUUCUUCUGGCCUUGUUUUGCCUCUCUGUCCUCCAGUCCGCCUGCAUCCUUCCCACUUCCUCCUCGUCCUCCGUUCCGAGGAUAGAUCCAGUCUCACACGCCUCCUCUUCCUCCUCCUCCUCUUCUGCUGCUGCCUCAAAUAAACAAGCCAACAGCCGCCAACACGGCGAUUGUCACAAGCCCGGCGUCGGUGGCACGUUUGAAAACGAAGGGAACGACUCGUUCAGCGAGGACCUGGAGAGGGCAAGGAAACUAAUCGGAGUUGGAAAACUGAGCCCAACGGAGAACGGUCGCUCCAAGCUGCAGGAGCUGUUCAAACAUCCUUUAUACAACCUGCCACGCCCGAAACUGCAGGAAGACGAUUGGCUGCUGAGGCUGAAAACAGAUGCGGAGGCAGAGGAGAUAGAAAAGGAAGAAAAAGCGAAUCGAGACUCCGUCACUAGCGACAGCGACUGGCAAAGUGCCAGUGAAGAGGAAGGCUAUGAUAAAGUCACCUGGACCAGAGAUAAGGAGACCCACCCUCCCUGGCUGAGGUUCCACCUGGGCAUCUCUCGCUGGGAGCUGUACGACAGGAAAGACCUCAACCUGGCCCAGCUGACUCAUUAUCUGGCGACGCAGCGCAUCCUGGGGGCCGUUCAAAAGAAAGGGGGCACCCAGCUGAAGCUGCUCGUGUCGUUCCCAAACUACGGCCAGGCUCUGCUCAAACCCAUGAGACAAUCCAGGGAUGCUGAGACGGACGUGAACCUGUUUUAUUUCUCCGACUUUGAGCGACACAACGCAGAGAUCGCCGCCUUCCAUCUUGACAGAGUGCUGGGCUUUAACAGAAUCCCCCCGGUGGUCGGUCGACUCAUCAACGUCACCACAGAGAUCAGAGACGUUACCACUGACGAGAGGCUCUCCAGGACCUUCUUCACCUCCCCAGCCGGGAACGUGUGUUUCUACGGUCAGUGCGAGUACUACUGCUCAUCAGAGCACCCGGUAUGCGGUCGGCCUCACGUGUUGGAGGUGUCCCUCGCUACCAUGCUGCCCGACCUCAGCCUGGCUCCACGCAGGUCUUGGAGGUCACCGUGGAGACGGUCCUACAGCCGCACAAAGCUGGCACAGUGGGAAAAGGACGCCGCUUACUGUGACACAGUGAAGAAGACGCCUCCUUACAACCGCGGCAGCAGAUUGGUGGAUCUCAUCGACAUGGCUGUGCUGGACUUCCUCAUGAGCAACAUGGACCGACAUCACUAUGAGACGUUUGAGGAAUUUGGCAACGAGACUUUCCUCCUUCACCUGGACCACGGUCGGGCAUUCGGGCGACAUUCUCAGGACGAGCCGUCUGUUUUAGCUCCUUUGGUGCAGUGUUGCAGAAUCCGUCGCUCCACCCUCCUCCGCCUGAGGCUCUUGUCCCGUCCUGACUUUCGUCUGAGUGAUGUCAUGCGGGAGUCGUUGGCCCAGGAUCCUCUCACAGCCGUGGCCCCCCUCCUCUCCGAGCCACACCUGUCUGCUUUGGAUCGACGCCUAGCAACCGUCUUGGCGGCCGUCCAGACUUGCCAGGACGGGAACGAGGAUGUCGUUUAUGACGAUUUGGAUGAACACGACGAUCAACAGCUGGGGGGAAAUCCAUGACAAUAAAUUAUAUAUUUUCUAUAUUUA